GAUAACGGCUUUGCGAUCCGAGUUCACUGCAAAAACUUCCAGGUGUUGCAGCUCAUCUUCGCUGAGGAGCUGGAGUGUCAUGAGGUGCAUUCAGCCCUUGUGUGCCUCUCGCGGCCAGAGCGAUAUGAGGACCUCUACUGUUUCUCCUACAACCCCCCCAAGUCGGACAAAGAGGAGAUGUCUUCGGCCAAAUGGAAGUUUGUGGAUGCGAAAAGUGAUUACCAGAGAAUGGGGAUCCCCAAUCACCUAUGGCACACCACAAACACCAACCAGGACUACAGAAUGUGUGAAACGUAUCCCAGUGACCUCUUGGUGCCCAAGUCGGCCACCCUACCAGUUAUCGUCGGGAGUUCCAAGUUCCGCAGCCGAGGUCGCUUUCCCACGCUUUGCUACUACAGCAAAGAAACCCAAGCUGCCAUAUGCCGGAGCAGCCAGCCCCUCUCUGGCUUCAGUGCCCGCUGCCUGGAGGAUGAACAGCUGCUGGAGGCCAUCUUGAAGUCCAACCCGGGCAGCCAGUUCAUGUACGUGGUGGACACCAGACCAAAGCUAAAUGCGAUGGCCAAUCGGCCGGCGGGAAAGGGCUACGAGAACGAGGACAACUACGCAAACAUCAGAUUUCAGUUCAUGGGCAUCGAGAACAUCCAUGUCAUGAGGAAUAGCCAGCAAAGACUGUUGGAAGCGUCUGAGCCACAGUCUCUGUCCAUGGCGGACUUCGUCUUAAGCCUGGAGAACUCUGGGUGGCUGAAGCACAUUAAGGCCAUCCUGCAGGCUGGGGUCUUCAUCGCUAAGGCUGUGGCAGUGGAAGGUGUGAGUGUCUUGGUCCACUGCUCGGACGGUUGGGACCGCACGUCUCAGGUGUGCUCAGUGGCCAGUCUUCUCCUGGACCCCUUCUACAGGACCCUGAAGGGAUUCAUGGUGCUGCUUGAAAAGGACUGGGUCUCGUUCGGGUACAAAUUUUCCCACAGGUGUGGCCACACCCAGGGCGAUGCCAAAGAGGUGGCGCCGGUCAUCGACCAGUUCCUGGAGGUGGUGUGGCAGCUGUCGGAGCAGUUCCCCUGUGCCUUCGAGUACAACGAGAGGUUCCUCAUCUCCCUGCACCACCACAUCUACACCUGCCAGUACGGCAACUUCAUCUGCAACAGCCAGAAGGAGAGACGAGAACAGAGAAUUCAGGAGCAGACUCACUCCAUUUGGCCGUAUCUCUGGGAGAACAGAUCUGAGUUCAUGAACCCCCUCUAUCGACCAGACCGCCGGCCGUCGCAGGGCGUUCUGUGGCCAAACACCGCCCCCCACUGCUUCAAAUUCUGGAGAGGCCUAUACAACCGCUUUGACAAGGGCGUCCAUCCGCGGCAGUCUGCCCAGGAUUGCCUGCUGGCCAUCAGGGAGGAGUCCCAGCAGCUGGAGAGGGAGAUGAAGUCACAUGAACAGAAAAUCGCCAAGCUGGAGAAAGAGCGAGGCACGGCGACGUACCCCAAGAGGAGGUCGCUGGUGUCCAGCAGCUCGGGCGUCUGGGACCCUUCCGACCUGGAACUGGAGCUGGACCUGCACCAGAUGGACCAGUUGCGUGGCGCUGCAGGCACGCGCUCCUCAUUCCCCCUUGUCAGCUUCGGCCAGCAGGUGGCGCCAGACGGGACGCUGGUGACCCCAAGCAGAGACAGAGACAGAGACAGCAUCACCAGCAGUAGCAAGGGCUCCAACCUGGACCUGUCUACCCACGGCAAGCAGCAGGGCUCUGGGGUGGCUAGCGUUGACCUGGCCUGUCUACUGUCUGGUGGUGGUGGUGAGGGCAUACCCAGUGACAACAUGAUCAAGAGCCCGGAUCUGCUGGAAGCUAUCUUCUCUGUUGCCUAA